AUGGAUGAUUCCAUCACUUAUCUUAAUAACCUUGUCAAAGAGCUUCACAGAUGCCUGUCCUCUACAGAACCUCAAAAAUUAUUGUCUGAGGAGAAGCCGAAUAUACAAUGUAUAACAGAGACAACAAAACCAGUCACACCAGGAUUUACUGCUGGUCAAUGCAGCAAAAGUGAUAUCACUCAGUUACUUUGUAAAAUACAUGUCCCCAACUCUAAGGCAGAGAAGAGAGAAAUAAGGCCCAUUGAAAAUAUCUACAAUACAGUUAAGAAACCUGAUAUGAAACAAACAAUGUCUUUAUCUGUCUCUGUCACUAAGGUCAGGGAGUUCAAUGUACCAGAAGUUGAUUGUUUAUUCCAUGUAUCAUUACAUCAACCAAACAAACUCUGGAUAAGUUACAGUGAUGGCAAUCUUGUUCAAACAGAUCUACAGGGGAAUGAGGUACAGAAGAUAAAAACCAAUGGUGGAUCUGAAGGUUACCACACAGUGACACAGGACUGGGAUCUGAUCUUUACAGACAGAAAGAAAAAUGUCAUCAAUAUGAUAACACAGGAUGACAAUAUCACUGAAUUCAUUAAAACCGGAGAAUGGGAACCACUCAGCAUACACUCAUCCCACAUCAACGGGGACUUACUGGUUGGGAUGAAUCGGAAGUUUGAAGAGGCUAAAGUCACCAGGUACAACAAGACAGGAAAAGAACUACAGUUCAUACAGAGGAAUAACAAGGGGCAGAAAUUGUAUGAUAUGCCACACCACAUUACAGAAAACAUCAAUGGAGAUAUCUGUACAUCAGACUUUAAUAAUACAGUAGUGGUGAUGUAUAAAUCUGGACAAUACAGGUUCGCAUACACAGGCCAGAAAUCAGGGUUCCGUCCCUCUGGAAUCUGUACUGAUGUCCUCGGUCACAUCCUGGUGUGUGAUAGUGACAGUGUUCAUCUCCAUGAUCAGGACGGCCAGUUCUUGUCUCUAUUACUCACACGACAACAAGGUGUAGACAUUCCCUGUAGUGUGUGUGUGGAUGAUCAAAGUAAUCUCUACGUACGUGGGAGAACUAUUCAUGAACACAUUGAGAGUGUACAAGUAUCUCCAGUGAAAAUAGUGAUUUUAUGA